AUGGCUAACACACAGUUUCCAACUAUUUCCCACGCAUUUCACAAACUAACACUCGCACUAAAAUCAUCAUGCAAAACCACCUCCGAAAUUCAUCAACUUCAUAGCUACAUGAUCAAAACCUCUCUCACCAAUCAUCCUUUUCCUCUAAGCAAGCUUCUCGCUGCUUCAACCAUAGACAUGGAUUACGCAUCCACCAUUUUCAGUUAUACUCAAAAUCCCAAUCUUUUCAUGUUCAAUACAAUGCUUAGAGGCUAUUCCGUUAGCCCUUUUUCAAAUAAAGCUUUGCCCAUUUUUAAUGAACUUAGAAAGCGUGGAAUUGGGCUGGAUCGGUUUUCGUUAAUCGCUGUGGUUAAAGCUUGUGGAACAAGUUUAGAGGUUGGGUUUGGUAGAGGGGUUCAUGGGAUUGCGGUCAAGUCUGGGAAUGGGAUGUUUGUUGAUUUGAGUAAUACCCUUUUGCGGUUUUAUUGUGUUUGUAGAAGAAUUGAAGAUGCAUGUAAGGUGUUUGAAGAAUUUCCUGAGAGAAAUGAUUUGAUGACUUGGAAUAUUUUGAUGGGUGGGUGUGUUCUUGUUUCAAAGCAUUGUUUGGUUUUUGAGUUAUUCUCGAAGAUGUGUUGUGUUGGGAUUAAGGCUAGUGUGACUACUAUGUUGAGUCUUUUGUGUGCAGCUGGUGAUGGAGGGAACUUUGUUUUGGGGAAGUCGCUUCAUGGUUACUGUAUUAAAAUUGGAUUUGGUUGUAAUUUAAAUGUUGUUACUGUGUUGAUUGAUAUGUAUGCAAAAACGGGUCGUGUAUAG